UAUUCUGAGGCUCAACCCUCCUCGGCGCCCACCAUUUCGGGGCUCCGGGACUGUAGGGGACCCUUCCAGUCCCCAGAGCCGAGGCCAGCAGGGACAGAGACUAUGAGGCAAGCAGCCCACCGACCCAGGCCUCCUUAAGAUCAGCCCAGCCGCCUAGCAAGCUGGCGGGCAGCAGCGGAGAGAGAAGGAGAUAAAGGACCACAGCAGACCUUUGGGGAUCAGCCCAGCAGCUCCUGUGGACCCUAGCCAGGCUGAGGGAUCGUGCUGGAUGGUCAGACUCACAGCCGCUGACGGACACCCCAUGACAGCGAUGCACACGGCAGCACAGCACUGAGACACUCAGACACAACCGGUGACAGCAUCACACACUGCCACAGCCCUGCGAUACAGACAGCCGCACACAGAAACAACUGGUAACUCUGAAACAGGCGCAGACAGUGUCACACAGAACCACUACCCCCUGGCACGCACAAGUGGGGGAACCCAUCCUCCAAACACACACAGCAGCGCUGACCGGCACAGGCAGACCUGGAGACACACGCACACCCUCACCCGGGCACUGCUGUCGGUGGCCUCUGCACAUCCUCCCCACCCCCACGGGGACACCCUUGCUCCUCCACACACUUGCGCGCACACACAGCCACGAACAGACACACCUCGCAUACCCCCAGCUCAGCUCUGGCAGCCCCGGCUCCUGCAGCCUCCUUUGUGGGUGAGGAAGAACUCAGUCAACCUCGGAUGGAGCUUCGGUGAAGCCAGGAGCUCAGAGAGGAAAGGGUCUGGCCUGGUGUGACUCUCACCAGCCCCUCCACCUGGCUGGGUGAUGUCCCCCCGCCCGGGUCCUGGGGACCCUUGGCAGAACCAUGGAGCAACUGACACCCCUUCCCCGGCCGGGGGACCCCGGAAACAUGGAGCUGUGGGCACUGCCCGCCUGGCAGAGCUGGACUCCAGGCCAGGGGGGCGAACCUGGAGGUACAUCCCCAAGCAUUGCCGAUACUCCGGCAGCUCUGCGUGUUGGAGACCUGAGGCCUGAGGAGAGCUCCGAGCCCGAGGGAGCCCGAAGCCCCGGGUCUGUGGGGGGCAUCCAGCCUGAAAGAACAGACACUGGGCUGCCCAGCCCCGGGCCGGGAGCACUGAGCUCUGGACUCAGCUGCCAGAGGCUGGAGGGCAAGGAGGUGGAGGCUUUCUCUAAGGGCAAGCUGAAAAUGGGCUUUGGGGACAGGCCCAAUCUGGAGCUGCUGAGGGCCGUGGGGGAGCUGCAGCAGCGCUGUGCCAUCCUGAAGGAGGAGAACCAGAUGCUGAGGAAGAGCAGCUUCCCCGAGACGGAGGAGAAGGUGCGGAGACUGAAGCGGAAGAACGCAGAGCUGGCGGUCAUUGCCAAGCGCCUGGAGGAGAGAGCCCGGAAGCUGCAGGAGACCAACCUGCGGGUGGUGAGCGCUCCCAUGCCCAGUCCAGGGGCCAGCUUGGAGUUGUGCCGGAAGGCCCUGGCCCGCCAGCGAGCCCGGGACCUCAGUGAGACAGCCAGUGCCCUGCUGGCCAAGGACAAGCAGAUUGCUGCCUUGCAGCGGGAGUGCAGGGAGCUGCAGGCCAGGCUCACCCUGGCUGGCAAGGAGGGCCCCCAGUGGCUCCACGUGCGGGACUUCGACCGGCUGCUGCGGGAGUCCCAGCGGGAGGUGCUGCGGCUGCAGAGGCAGAUCGCCUUGCGCAACCAGAGGGAGCCGCCCCCGCCGCCUCGGCCCCCAGGCCUGGCCGCCCCGGCCAGAGCAGGGGCGCCCGCCCCCGGGGCCCCGGGAGAGGCCACGCCCCAGGAGGAUGUGGAAAACCCACCCGUGGUCCUAGGGGAGCCAGAGAAACAGCAGAGGGUGCAGCAGCUGGAAUCAGAGCUCAGCAAGAAGCGGAAGAAAUGCGAGAGCCUGGAGCAGGAAGCCCGGAAAAAGCAGAGGCGAUGUGAGGAGCUGGAACUGCAGCUGAGGGAAGCCCAGAGUGAGAAUGCCCGCCUCGUGGAGGAGAACUCUCGGCUCAGUGGGAGAGCCACGGAGAAGGAGCAGGUGGAAUGGGAGAACGUGGAGCUGAGGGGCCAGCUCCUGGGAGUGACGCAGGAGAGGGACUCGGCCCUUCUCAAGAGCCGGGGCCUGCAGAGCAAGCUGGAGAGCCUGGAGCAGGUGCUGAAGCACAUGCGGGAGGUGGCCCAGCGGAGGCAGCAGCUGGAGGUGGAGCAUGAGCAGGCGCGGCUUCGCCUGCAGGAGAAGCAGGAGGAGGUCCGGAGGCUGCAGCAGGCCCAGGCAGAAGCCCAGAGGGAACACGAAGGGGCCGUGCAGCUGCUGGAGUCUACCCUGGAUUCCAUGCAGGUCCGGGUUCGAGAGCUGGAGGAGCAGUGCCGCAGCCAGACUGAGCGCUUCAGCCUCCUGGCGCAGGAGCUCCAGGCCUUCCGCCUGCACCCGGGCCCCUUGGAUCUGCUCACCUCCGCCCUGGGCUACAGUACCCUUGGGGACCGCCCGCCACCCCCCUGCUGCUCCACCCCCCAGCCCUGCCGGGGGUCUGGCCCCAAAGACCUUGACCUCCCGCCAGGCUCCCCAGGGCGCUGCACCCCAAAGUCUUCCGAGCCUGCCCCUGCCACCCUUGCUGGGGGCCCCCGAAGGACGGCCAAGAAGGCAGAGUCUCUGUCCAACUCCUCUCGCUCCGAGUCCAUCCACAACAGCCCCAAGUCAUGCCCUACGCCCGAGGUGGACACAGCCAGCGAGGUGGAGGAGCUGGAGGCAGACAGCGUCUCCCUGCCGCCAGCAGCCCCGGAGGGCAGCCGGGGAGGAGCCAGGAUCCAGGUCUUCCUCGCUCGCUACAGCUACAACCCCUUCGAGGGCCCCAAUGAGAACCCAGAGGCAGAGCUUCCGCUUACCGCUGGCGAGUACAUCUACAUCUAUGGCAACAUGGACGAGGAUGGCUUCUUUGAAGGGGAGCUCAUGGAUGGCCGAAGGGGCCUGGUCCCUUCCAAUUUUGUAGAGCGUGUGUCCGACGACGACCUCCUGACCUCCCUGCCUUCAGAGCUGGCUGAUCUGUCCCACAGUUCAGGCCCUGAACUCAGUUUCCUGAGUGGCGGCGCGGGCGGCAGCAGUAGCGGAGGCCAGAGCAGCGGGGGACGCAGCCAGCCCAGAACAGAGGAAGAGGCUGCAGGGGACGAGCUCAGGCUGAGCCCCUCGCCCGAGGGCCUGGGCGAGCCCCCUGCCGCGCCUCACCCCCGCUGUCUGGCGGUCCUCAAGCAGCUGGCCCACAGCGUGGUGCUGGCCUGGGAGCCGCCUCCUGAACGCGUGGAGCUGCGUGGCUACCACGUCUGUGUGAAUGGGGAGCUGCGGCAGGCCCUGGGGCCCGGGGCGCCCCCCACGGCCGUGCUUGAGAAUCUGGACCUGCAGACUGGGCCCCUGCGCGUCUCUGUUCAGGCCCUGACCAGCUGGGGCGGCUCUGACCCUCUGCGCUGUUGCUUGGUGCUAGGGGCCGGGGCCGGGGUGGCACCUAGCCAGCUGCGGGUCCAUCGACUGACAGCCACGUCCGCUGAGAUCACCUGGGCGCCCGGCAAUAGCAACUUGGCCCAUGCCAUCUACCUCAAUGGGGAAGAGUGCCCCUCUGCCUGCCCUAGCACCUACUGGGCCACCUUCUGCCACCUGCGGCCUGGUACACUCUAUCAGGCCCGAGUGGAGGCUCAGCUCCCACCUCGAGGGUCCUGGGAACCGGGCUUGGAGAGGCCAGAGCAACGGGCUGCCACCCUGCAGUUCACCACACUCCCAGCAGGCCCACCUGAUGCCCCCCUGGAUGUGCAGGUUGAGCCAGGCCCCUCCCCUGGAAUCUUGCUCAUCAGCUGGCUCCCGGUAACAAUCGAUGCUGCCGGUACCUCCAACGGCGUCCGCGUCACAGGCUAUGCCAUUUAUGCCGAUGGGCAGAAGAUCAUGGAGGUGGCCUCCCCCACGGCAGGCAGCGUGCUGGUGGAGUUGUCGCAAUUGCAGCUGCUGCAGGCGUGCCGCGCGGUGGCCGUGCGCACCAUGUCGCCCCACGGCGAGUCGGCCGACUCCAUCCCGGCUCCCGUCGCCCCCGCCCUGGCUGAGGCCUCCUCGCCAGCCAGGGUCUCCUGCCCCUCCCCACGACUGGGCUCGGAGGCCAGACCACCCCUUGCUCCAGCCUCCCCGGGGCCUGGAGACCCCAGCUCUCCCCUCCGGUGCCCCGACCCCCGUGGAACUCGAGAGCCCCCCGGGGCCUCCCCAGCAAGCUGUCCCGGAGAGACACCAAAAGGAUCCUCAGAGGAGCCCCCGGUACCUGGCUCUCAGGAGGAGGCUAGGGCAGCCGAGCUGGGGGCCCCAGGAGACAGGAAGGCCAGUGAGCCAACCUCGGGAGAGCGAGUUCCUGGCCCUGCAGCUUCCUCCCUGGCCGAGGAGAAGGCUGAGUGGACUGCGGGAGAGGCCCGCCCGGCCCCUGGCUCCACCCAGGGAGCGCUGGCCCAGAGGCUGCCCUGUGCUGAGGCCUGCCGUGCAGGAGACACAGGGCCUGGGCUGAGGCCCAGGGCUGAGAGAGAGGACACGGCCGAGCUUGGGGUCCGUCUGGGGAGCGCCCUUGUGGACCAUGGCCGCAACUCAGAUCUGUCAGACAUCCAAGAGGAGGAGGAGGCCGAGGCAGAGGAGCUGGGUGUCAGGACUUGCUCCUCCCCGACGCAGGGUGCUGGCAACAGCCUCAGGGACAAUGGGGCCCAGCCCCAGCCCGACCCCUUCUGUGAGACUGACAGCGACGAGGAGAUCUUGGAGCAGAUCCUGGAGCUGCCUCUCCAGCAGUUCUGCAGCAAGAAGCUCUUUAGCAUCCCUGAGGAGGAGGAAGAAGAGGACGAAGAGGACGAGAAGAGGCGGGGGGCAGGCUCUUCUUCCUGGGACCCUGACCCGCCUGAGCCUGCAUUCCUGGGGCUGGGCUGUGACAGCGGUCGGCCCCGAGGACCUGGCCUAUGUCCUUUGUCUCCCGAGCCCUCCAGGGCUGGGGACCGCCUGGAGGACCUGCCUGGACUCAUUGGUGGAAGCAGCUGGAGAAAAGGAAGUGGCUCUCCCGAGAAGCCCCCCAGCCGCAGGCGGUCCCCAGAUCCCCGUGAACACUGCAGCCGACUUCUCAGCAACGGCGGGUCCCAGGCCUCUGGACGACCGGGCCCCGCCCGGGAGAGGGGCGGCCCCCCCGUGGGCGAGGGCACCAGGGCUGGACCGGAGGCUGGUGGGAGAGGGCGGCCGGCCCCUUCGAGGAGGUGUCCCCGUGGCCCAGCCCCGGAAUCGGGCCUGGCCAGCUGCCUCUCCCCCAAGUGCUUGGAAAUCAGCAUCGAAUAUGAUUCUGAGGACGAGCAAGAGACGGGCGGCGGGGGCGUCAGCGGCACCAGCUCCUGCUACCUCGGAGACGGGGAGGCGUGGGGUGCAGCACCCACGGGAAGGCCCAGGGGGCCUCCGAAGGCCAAUUCAGGCCCCAACCCCUACCCACGCCUCCCGGCCUGGGAGAAAGGGGAGCCAGAGCGGAGAGGCCGCAGUGCCGCUGGCAGAGCCAAGGAGUCACCCUCCCGGGCAACAGAGACUGGGGAGCCCAGAGGGCAGGACGGCUCUGGGCGGAGGGGCCCCCAGCGGAGAGGGGGCCGGGCCCCCAGGCCAGGCUCCGCGGAGCUGGCCCCUCCGAGGAGCCCUCCAGAAGAAGCACUGGCUUACCAGGACCUACCUGUCAGGGUCUUUGUGGCUCUGUUUGACUAUGACCCCGUGUCGAUGUCUCCCAACCCGGAUGCCGGGGAAGAGGAGCUCCCCUUCCAGGAGGGCCAGAUCCUGAAGGUGUUUGGGGACAAGGAUGCCGAUGGCUUCUAUCGGGGUGAAGGCGGGGGCCGGAUGGGCUACAUCCCGUGCAACAUGGUGUCCGAGGUGACUGCGGACAGUCCUGCAGGGAGACAGCAGCUGCUCCAGCGGGGCUAUUUGUCCCCAGAUGUUCUCGUUGAGGGUUCAGGGAACGGUCCCUUUGUCUACUCCACAGCUCGCACAGCUGGGCCUCCCCCCAAGCCCCGCCGCUCCAAGAAAGCUGAGUCCGAAGGCCCUGCCCAGCCCUGUGCAGGCGCCCCCCAGCCGGUCUCUACUGGCCUGAAAGCUCCCCGCUCCAUGGUGGCUGCAUUUGACUACAACCCCCGGGAGAGUUCCCCCAACAUGGAUGUGGAGGCAGAGCUGCCCUUCCGGGCAGGGGACGUCAUCACUGUGUUUGGGGGCAUGGACGAUGAUGGUUUCUACUACGGGGAACUGAAUGGACAGCGGGGCCUGGUUCCAUCCAACUUCUUGGAGGGCCCUGGGCCUGAGGCAGGCGGCUCAGACAGGGAGCCCGGGACACCCCAGGCCGAGGGGCAGCCCUGGGCCAGCUCAACCCAAGGGCCCCCAGCGCCGCCCGGCUGGCCCUGUGCUCCCGGCCCUGGCCGCUUCUCUGGGAUUGAAUGGGGGGCACCACAGGGCCCGAGCAAGAAGGUGUGGGGUCUCCUCUCCAAGGGGAAGCAGCUCCUCAGGAAACUGGGCUCUGGGAAGAAGGAGUGAUGCUGCGGCCCGUCCUGCAGGCCCGAGGCCCCGGCGCACUGUCCCGGCUGCUUGGGGAAGGCCCUGGACUCUCGUUCUCCCGAGCCGGUGCCCUGGCACUCGGAUGGGAAUUCUACUCGGUGAAGGUCAGAGCUAGAUGAGCCCUUGCGGAUGCGUCCUCUGGGUGGGCAUCUUCCUCUGACAGGACGGUGGCCUGAGCCGCAGCGUGCGGAAGCGAGUCGGCCACCGGGGCUGAGCACCUGGGUCACAGAGCCAGGCCUGGAUGUGGACUCGUGACUCCUGCUUCUCCCACCCCCGCCUGGUGUCCAGCAUGCCAUGCGAGUCCCUUCUUGGCCUCCACACGCCUGGCCCUGGGACCCUGCUCCCUCCGACGGCGCUGGCCAACCUCAUCAAGUCUUCCCUCCCUGAAGGAGAGUUUGCACUGGAUUCUGCCCAGCCCCCCACCCCCGGGCGGGCAGGGGGGUGGAGCCGUGUAUAUAUGUACAUACCCAGUGCCUCAGCCCAGCUUCCUCCGUCUCCCUUCCACUGCACAGGCCCGGGAAGGACCCCGGUCGUAGCACUGCCCUCCUGCCAGCCGCCCUCCUGGCCUGAGCCCCGGGCCAGCGGGCAGAAAGCAGGAGCUGGGUUUGCCUUAUUUUGCUCAUCAGAUUCAACUUCUCUUUUGCAUCGUUUUCCUCUGGCCCCUGUUGGAGUGGGGGACCUGGGGAAGAGGACAGAUUUAUGCAGCUAUUUUCAUACGUUCCCUGUUCAGAUUGGGGUGGGGGGCUCUCCGCCCUUACCCUAGCCACCUCCCUCCCCCUCCCGCUCCAGCUGGGUGAGCGUCUCUGCAUGUUUCCUUUGCUGUGGUGGGAGAUUGAUUGUUGGACUGAAUGCCCCCCACCCCCACCCCCCCGACCACCACCUUGGUCUCCAGGGGUGUGGAAUGGUGGGGGCAUUUAUUUAAAGAGACAUUUUAUUAUAAUAAAGUCUAUUUUCACAAAUCCCA